AUGGGUUCGAUCGUACUAAAGUCUCUCUCAGUUCUCCUUGGAAUAUUCUUCGUUUUCGUCGGUACUAUGAAGCUGACUUCUCACAUUAGUAAGGAUCUUCACAAGGACUUGAGGAAAGAGUAUGUGAAAUAUGCAAAAGUAUUUCCUCUGUCCGGUACGCUGGAUUUCAAAGUACCGAGUAAAUGGUAUAGGAGAGUUGUUGGAUCACUUGAGAUUAUUUGUGGGCUUGCAAUGGCGAUAAUUCCAAGUCAUAAGAUAAAAAAUGUGUCGAAUGCGGUGUUACUAUUGUUGAUGUUAAUGGCUGUGUAUUCUCACUAUAUGGUGAACGAUAAGUUCGAGAGGAUUGCUCCAGCACUGGUAUUCUUCUUUAUGCUAACGGGCCGAUUAGUAAUAGAUUGGCAACUCAGGCGAGAAGACGCACAACCGAUAACAGCAAAUGGUGUAGAUGAUAAAAGCAAGAAACAAGAUUGAAUUCGAAAUUUUUAUGCAUACAUGUUGUUCUUUGGUUGCCAUUUAUCACUUUUAUCACAUACAAAUAAUUUUCAAUACAUUAGACAGACAGACCAUUUAUUUGAUGCUCAAUUUCUUAUUUCGAUGUACAUUAAUUAUUUCUACUCUCACUUGCAACACGUUUUCCAUCUCGCGUUCUCUCAUUCUGUCAAUUCUGUUGCUUAUCGUAGAAAAUUAUCACUUUAACUGAACUGAAUUUAAAUUUUAGAAUGAAACUUCUGCAUCUUCAUAACUUCAAAACUUGCAAAAUUUAAUCAUUAGUUAGCAUUAUAUUUAUUUAAUCACAGGAUCAUGAAAUACUAGCUCAAGCACAAGAUAUUAACUGCCAUUCGAAUUAAUGUGUUCUCCUGGAUAUCGUGUUAAGAUGUAUAUACAUGUCUUUAAAUAAUAUAGUGAAAACAAUCUCCUUUCAUAUUAAAGUGUACAUGCCUGAUUUCUUUGCAUUGCAAUUGUUUUUACUUGUUUGUUGCUUUUUUAAUUUCUCACAGAAAAAAAGCACAUAGGAUUUUAAGAAUCAAAUGAAAACAUGAAUUGGAAAUUAUGUAUAAACCAGUUAGAUCAAAGACUCAAUCAGAGCUGUAGCAUAUAAUAACAACUAUGGUUUGCUUUUUAUUCAAAAAAGAACCAAAACAUUUGAA